AGAUCCCUUCUGGCCUGGUGAGAGUAGCUUCUCCCGAGCCACUAGCCCCGGGGCCAGCUCAGCCUCCUCCCCUAAACGGGACCGCCCGGCUGCGCUGUGCCAGCGCGGAGUGCAAGGAAGAAAGUUUGGAGUGUCAAGGGGAGUUGGCCGCCGGAGGAAGGGAACCGGAAGACAGGGGUCUCCGCUCCAAGUUUGCGCGGCUGUGGCCGCGUCCCGGGGGUGCCUGUCCCGCGGCGCACUGCAGCUGCCGGCAUUGAGCCCCCCUGGCGGACUGGAACUCCCGGCCCCGGUCCCAGGCGGGCGACCAGAGCUGGGGAGGAACUUCUCUUGCGAGCUGUCGCCGUGGGCUCUCAUUGUCUGCAGGAACUCUCCGGAAUCGGGAGGGGGAGGUCUGGAUCUCUCUUCCACUGGGAUUCGUCAAGAGUUCCGGCGGCAGCUGCGGCGGUUGCAGUCUCCCUUUGUCCUCCUAGGACCUCCCUCCCUCCCCCUCUCCCUCCCUCUGUCAGUUAGUGGGUCCCGCUGACCUAGAAGCGGGCGCCCUAGCUGCUGGCAGUCCCCCGUCCCAGGGUGCGUCCCUGGGAACUCGUACCACAGUAGCGUCCCCACCGAGUCGAGCCGAGGGGGCUGCGAGCAGGAAGGAGUCACAGGCCCUUGGCUGCAUGAUGGUGGCGGGGUUGCCCCCGGCCCGCAGUCCCGGGAGCUGGUUGGUCCCCGGGCUGUGGCUGCUAGCUCUCAGCGGUCCUGGGGGGCUGACGAGCGCCCAGGAGCAACCCUCCUGCCGAGGAGCCUUUGAUCUCUACUUCGUCCUGGACAAGUCUGGGAGUGUGGCAAAUAACUGGAUUGAAAUUUACAAUUUUGUCCAGCAACUUACAGAGAGAUUUGUGAGCCCUCAAAUGAGAUUAUCUUUCAUUGUGUUUUCUUCUCAAGCGACCAUUAUUUUGCCAUUAACUGGAGACAGGGGCAAAAUCAGUGAAGGCUUGGACAAUUUAAAACGUGUUAGUCCUGUGGGAGAGACAUACAUCCAUGAAGGACUAAAGCUGGCAAAUGAACAAAUUGAGAAAGCGGGAGGCUUAAAGACCUCCAGUAUUAUAAUUGCUCUGACAGAUGGUAAGUUGGACGGUCUGGUGCCAUCGUAUGCAGAGAAGGAGGCAAAGAUAUCCAGGUCACUUGGGGCUAGAGUUUAUUGUGUUGGUGUCCUUGACUUUGAACAAGCUCAGCUCGAAAGAAUUGCUGAUUCCAAGGAACAAGUUUUCCCUGUCAAAGGUGGAUUUCAAGCUCUUAAAGGAAUAAUUAAUUCUAUAUUAGCUCAAUCAUGCACUGAAGUCCUGGAAUUGCGGCCCUCAAGUGUCUGUGUGGGGGAGGAAUUUCAAAUUGUUUUGACCGGAAGAGGAUUCAACUUGGGCAGCCGGAAUGGCAGUGUUCUCUGUACUUACACUGUAAAUGAAACAUACACAAAGAGUGUAAUGCCGGUAAGUGUGGAACGUAAUUCUAUGCUUUGUCCUGCACCUGCCCUGCAUGAAGUUGGAGAAACUCUUGAUGUUUCAGUGAGCUUUAAUGGAGGAAAAUCUGUCAUCUCCAGCUCAUUAAUAGUCACAGCCACAGAAUGUUCUAAUGGGAUUGCAGCCCUCAUCGCGAUUUUGGUGUUACUGCUACUCUUGGCCAUCGGUUUAAUGUGGUGGUUUUGGCCCCUUUGCUGCAAAGUGGUUAUAAAAGAUCCUCCUCCACCACCACCAUCUGCACCACAAGAGGAGGAAAAGGAACCUCUGCCUACUAAGAAGUGGCCCACCGUGGAUGCUUCCUACUAUGGUGGUCGAGGAGUUGGAGGAAUUAAAAGAAUGGAGGUCCGCUGGGGUGAUAAAGGAUCUACCGAGGAAGGUGCAAGGCUAGAGAAAGCCAAAAAUGCUGUGGUGACGAUUCCCGAAGAACCAGAGGAACCCGUCAGGCCCAGACCACCCCGACCCAAACCCACACACCAGCCUCCUCAGACAAAGUGGUACACGCCGAUUAAGGGUCGGCUGGACGCGCUCUGGGCUCUGUUGCGGCGGCAGUACGACAGGGUUUCCUUGAUGCGACCUCAGGAAGGAGAUGAGGGCCGGUGCAUAAACUUCUCCCGAGUUCCGUCUCAGUAAAAGGAAAGCAGGGAGACCGGGAGGUACGAAGAUGUAAAUCUUCACAAUGCCAAUUUCCAACCAAACGAAAAAAAAGUGCAUUUCAGAAGUUUUUGGAAGAGCAGCUUUACUCCUGUCAGUCAGGAAAUAUUUUCUCUGCCUUUUGCUUUGCUUGCACCAAACAUUUUCAAACGUUUGUUCUGCCAUCUACCCGGCGUUGAUGAAACCUAGGGGUAACUCAUGAUUCAGGACAUUGAAAAUAAAGAGGAACUGUAACCUACACGCUGCGGUUUACACAAGAAAGUCCAUUUGAAUGUGUGGAGGAGGGAAAAGCAGUAACAAAAGCAUGAAGAUGAUAUCAGAAUGGAGACCAUAAAACAACUGGCCGUGGU